AUGAGUUAGUUAAGACACGCGCACGCGCACGCACACGCACACGCACACGCACCAACGUUUCUUCUCUUUGCUAAAGUCGCCCACCAACUCCACAUCAGAACUCAUCGUCAUAUUUAUCAGCUCUCUCUCUCUCUCCUGCACCAUCUCUCGUGUUUGAACUAGUAGAAGAAGAAUUUCAUUGUGGUUUUAGUGGAACUUUAUAAAAAUGGCUAGAAAGAAGAUCAGAGAGUACGAUUCCAAGAGGCUUCUUAAGGAGCACUUGAAACGACUCGCCAAAAUCGACCUUCAGAUCUGCUCUGCUCAGGUGAAUGAGUCCACAGACUUCACCGAGUUAACAAACAAAGAACCAUGGCUUUCAUCCACAAGGUUGGUUGUGAAACCUGAUAUGUUGUUUGGGAAGCGUGGAAAGAGUGGCUUGGUCGCUCUGAAUUUAGAUCUAGCUCAAGUUGCUGAAUUCGUGAAAGCACGUCUUGGCGUGGAGGUAGAGAUGGGUGGCUGCAAGGCACCAAUUACCACAUUCAUUGUCGAACCAUUUGUUCCUCAUGACCAAGAAUAUUACCUUUCCAUUGUCUCUGAUAGGCUUGGCUGCACUGUUAGCUUUUCAGAAUGUGGGGGUAUUGAAAUUGAAGAAAACUGGGACAAGGUCAAAACUGUAAUCCUUCCAACGGAAAAACAUAUGACACUGGAUGCAUGUGCUCCAUUGAUCGCUACACUUCCAUUGGAGGUUCGAGGGAAAAUUGGCGAUUUCAUAAUGGGCGUCUUUGCUGUAUUUCAAGAUCUGGAUUUCAGUUUCCUUGAGAUGAAUCCCUUUACCCUUGUCAAUGGGGAGCCAUUCCCAUUGGAUAUGAGAGGGGAAUUGGAUGACACUGCUGCUUUUAAGAACUUUAAGAAGUGGGGUAAGAUAGAGUUUCCUUUGCCUUUCGGCAGAGUCCUGAGCCCAACAGAAAGUUUCGUACAUACGUUGGACGAAAAAACUAGUGCAUCUUUGAAAUUUACCGUCUUGAACCCUAAAGGACGCAUCUGGACAAUGGUAGCUGGAGGUGGUGCAAGUGUAAUAUAUGCUGAUACUGUUGGAGAUUUAGGUUAUGCAACAGAGCUUGGUAAUUAUGCAGAGUAUAGUGGUGCUCCAAAUGAGGAGGAGGUGUUGCAAUAUGCCAGAGUUGUCAUUGAUUGUGCAACUGCGGAUCCUGAUGGUCGUAAGAGAGCCCUUCUCAUUGGGGGAGGUAUUGCUAACUUCACUGAUGUUGCUGCUACUUUCAAUGGGAUUAUUCGUGCUCUCAGGGAGAAGGAAUCUAAGUUAAAAGCAUCAAGAAUGCACAUCUAUGUUCGAAGAGGUGGUCCCAACUAUCAGACCGGUUUGGCAAAGAUGCGUGCCUUGGGAGAGGAACUGGGAGUUCCCCUUGAGGUUUAUGGACCUGAGGCUACAAUGACCGGAAUUUGUAAGCAGGCCAUUGAUUGCAUCAUGUCUGCAGCAUAAUCUCACCCUUUCUUUUCCCGCUUUCAAGUAAUGCGAGGCAUCUGUGAUGGCACAAACUGAACAGGAAUGUUUUUUACAUUUUCCCAAGUUUUUCUUUUUUCAUUUUGUAAUGUUAAUUUUCUCGAAUUUUAUACAAAUUUCUGCAAUAAAGAUGUCACAGUCGCAACAUACACUCAUUGACUUUGUCAAUGCUUUUGAUUAUUGAUGACACUGCAGAUCCUUUGUGGUCUAUCUGAGAAUGAUGUAAUUUCUUAAACAUUGUUGGUAAGCCCAGUUGAUGUGAUUUGGAAGAAAAUGUGUUUUUAACUUGA